CAUUGCUGGCCGAUCCUAUCCGUCCAUCUGGAUCCUCGUCAUAAUUGCGGAAUGUUCGUGUUUUUCUGCCAUUUCCCUCUCUUGAGAUCGACGAAGAGUAGGCGAUGGCGAUGGCGUUGGCGUUGGCGGCAGCCAUAGCUCGCGCGGCGGGGAGAUUUUCGAUUCAGUCGCGGGCGCUGGCAACGGCGGCGUUGGAGCAGAGCUACGAUGCUGCUCUGGACGAAACAGCUGCGCAGUUUAAGAAGAGCGUCCAGCACUUCGCUGCGGAGCAUAUCGCUCCACACGCUGCUACCAUCGAUGCCACGAAUUCGUUUCCAAAGGAUCGGAAUCUCUGGAAGCUGAUGGGAGACUUCAACUUGCACGGAAUCACUGCUCCUGAGAAGUAUGGGGGGCUUGGUUUGGGCUACUUAUACCACUGCUUGGCUAUGGAGGAGAUUAGUCGUGCUUCCGGAUCGGUUGGGCUUUCAUACGGUGCUCACUCCAACCUUUGCAUCAACCAGCUGGUCAGGAAUGGCACUGAGGCUCAGAAGGAGAAGUACUUAUCUCAGUUGAUAAGCGGGGAACACGUUGGAGCACUGGUGAUGAGCGAACCGAAUUCUGGUUCUGAUGUGGUGAGCAUGAAAUGCAAAGCCGAGCGUCGGGACAAGGGAUAUGUUCUAAAUGGAAACAAAAUGUGGUGCACAAAUGGACCUGUUGCUAACACUUUGAUUGUAUAUGCUAAGACUGACAAUAGUGCGGGAGCUCACGGAAUAACGGCAUUCAUUAUUGAAAAGGGAAUGGAAGGAUUCACGACCGCUCAAAAGCUAGACAAACUUGGAAUGCGUGGAAGUGAUACAUGCGAGUUGGUGUUUCAGGACUGCUUUGUGCCUCCGGAGAACAUUCUUGGUCAGGAAGGAAAAGGUGUUUAUGUGAUGAUGUCUGGGCUGGAUUUGGAGAGGCUUGUAUUGGCAUCUGGUCCUUUGGGUCUCAUGCAAGCUUGCAUGGACGUGGUUCUUCCCUAUGUGCGACAAAGGGAACAAUUUGGAAAGCCUAUAGGAGAGUUUCAACUUAUACAGGGAAAGCUAGCUGAUAUGUACACUAAGAUGCAAGCAUCCAGGGCUCUAGUUCAUUCUGUUGCUCGAAGCUGUGAUGCUGGUCACAUAGAUAGAAAGGAUUGUGCUGCAGCUAUUCUUUUUUCAUCAGAGAAUGCAACUCAAAUGGCUUUGCAGGCUAUCCAGUGCCUAGGUGGGAAUGGCUAUGUAAACGAGUAUCCCACUGGAAGGCUGUUGAGAGAUGCAAAACUAUAUGAGAUUGGAGCUGGAACAAGUGAAAUAAGGAGAAUGUUAAUUGGAAGGCAGCUCUACAAAGAUGAAUAAAUCAAAAUCAAAUACCUUUUACCUUUA